AUGGAUCGAGGGUGGAGGAGAAGUGGCUUCCUCCUCUACCUCCCUGAUGCCUCCCGGAGCUGUUGCCCGCAUUACACCAUCAAACUCCGAGCACCAGACCUCAAGCCCACGCGUGACCAACGCCACGCCCUCAAUCGCUGGAAUCGAUUCGUCCUGGGGGAGAGAUACUUGAAAGAGAAAGCGGCCAAGUAUCCUCUUGGCAAAGAGGAGAAGAAACGGCAGAACACAACAUUCAACCUCAUCGAAGCGAUCCACGAAAGCGAAGCCUGCAACCUCAAACCCGACCUCCAUCCAGACCACCAAUACACCGUCACCCUCGAGCCCUCCACCUUCACGGAAGAAAAGUUCCAACUCUUCAACCACUACCAACGCGACGUGCACCACGAAACCGACUCCGACAUCUCCCGCCCCGGCUUCAAACGCUUCCUCUGCUCCUCCCCUCUCCACCGGACCGCCCAAUAUGGCAGCUUCCACCAAUGCCACCGCCUCGACGGCCGCCUGAUCGCCAUGUCCGUCCUCGACCUCCUUCCCGCAGGCGUUAGCAGCGUCUACUUCCUCUACCACUCCGACUACGCCGCCUGGUCCUUCGGCAAACUCAGCGCCCUCCGCGAAGCCGCGCUCGCCAUCGAAGGCGGGCACGACUGGCUCUACAUGGGGUACUACAUCCACUCGUGCAAGAAAAUGCAGUACAAAGGCGACUACAAAACGCAGCUGGUACUGGACUUUGACGCUCUAGCCUGGGACCCGCUAGACGAGAAGAUGAGAGCUCUAAUGGAGAAGAGGAAGUGGGUGAGCAUGAGUCGCGAACGCGCUAUCGAAGCCUCUCUCGCAAACAAUGACCCCUCAGACCGCUCCUCCCUCGAAAAAGCCCUAGUCGAAAAAGCAUACGCCGUCCCCCUCGCCUCCCCCGUCGAAGCCUCCCGCGCUCGCGUCCCAAUCUUCUCCCUCCACAUCCCAGGCGUCAUGCCGGCCGCCGAAGUACGGGAGCACAUCGACCUGGCCAACGUGAAGAUUACCUUUGGUUCCCGGAUGGAGAUACGGAUGGGGAGUUUGGGCUCCUUUUCCGCGGAGGAUGGGAGUGGCGGGUGGGGAGAUCCGGGGACGGCGAAGGGGUUGGCGGCGGAGUUUGCGGCUGUUGUUGGGCCGGUGCUUGCUGCUGAGGCGCUGUUGGAUUUCAGUCGGGGUGGGAGUGGAGGUGGUGCUGCUGAGGGGGAUGAUGAGGAUGAAUCAUGA